AAUGUAACAUUAAUAUAAGAAAAUCUAUAGAUAAUUGUGUUGGUUUUAGCUAUAGUAGGCGAUUAAGUCAGGCCUCCGAACCAUGUACGGUCAAUGGUUGACAAAAUCUGUAAUAAAUCUUGUAGCACUGUGCGAUUAUUUCAAUGUCGUCCAGACAUAUCUUGUCACCCGAAUUGAUUUAGAUUUCCUAAUAAAUUUCACAAAUAUCAAUAAUCACCCAAAACGCGCCAGAAGUAUGGAUGUUGAACACCCUACAUAUUUACAAUCGCAUGUUUCCGAGUUACAGACAAUAUAAAUUGUAACUGUUGAAUUUAUCGUGACAUGAUUCCAUUCAACAGGAGGAUUCUGAAUUAAUUUACAAGAUGUACAGCCUAACUUACGUUGAUGUGAGAACAACCACUAUAUACAAGUCCGGAGGUGUAAUCAUUACUUUUGUUGGGACUACACUUCUAGAAAUUUGGACCAAAUUCCGCAGUAAUAAUCCCACGUUGCCGAUGUGUUUUGGAUGACAAUAAAUACAUAUCUUCUCAGUAAACGACUUUUUCUUUCGAGGAUUAUUGAAGGAAUAUGAAGAUAACAGUUUUUAAUCAAGUCUCUCUAGCAUACAGGAAUUUUCAGUAUUUACCAAUACCACACAGAAUCAAUUGGAAAGUUUGCUCAGCCAAUUGUAGAAGAUAAGUCAUCUGAUAUUCUGUUUACCAUUAAGUGCAAUUACAACUAAUUGUUGCAGUUUGUCAUUGUUCAAACAUAAUUAAGCGUUUUCUAAUCAUCAAAUACCAGUAUCGCUGGAAGAUGAUUCCCACAAGAAAAUUAAUUGAAGCUACGAAAGGCGAGGACAGAGUCUUCAGGCGUCGGUCAGAUUCACAAUUCGGGAGGAAGUUUAGUGAUAGUAACAUCCCUUAUACAUCGUCAAGUUCUAAAUUGAGGAAAGAUUCUCUUUCGGAGUUUCCACGGAGACUAAGCGUAAAAUCGGAUCAAGGUCAUCAAAAGUCUAGGAGUAGCAGCAUUGACGUUUUUUACCAAAGCAGACGAUUUAGUCGAGAUGACGUCAUGGAGACAUCAGGAUUUACAAAGAGUAAGGUUUAUCCAAUAACCGAAAGGAAAAUUUUAGAAAGUGUCGAUGGACUGUACUUGUCAAAGACUAAACUGAUGAAGACUAGAUCAACAAAUAAUAUUGGUCUACCACCAUUGAAUUCCUCAAAGUUAUCGAAAAAUUCACGAAAAACACAGCGGCCAACCGGAAAAUUCCUAAGGCGGGUCAGAUCAGAAAAUAAUGUCAUUCCACCCCCUUUCAAGAACAGAAUCUUGCCUUUGGUCAGAUUCCGACGUGCAGUGAAAACCAUACAAGUGCUCCUGAAGGCGACACUCACUAAUUCUCAGGGACAGCGCCAUGAUCUGCUGUCUUGGGCCCACGAGGACAUCAGUUCCUCCAAGAGGGAAUAUGAAAUGUUUGGUCUUUCUUUCGAUCCCGGAGACUUUAGAGCAAAGAAAGAGACUAUUCUUAGUAAUGAGGCCAAAGCCAUCUUGUCCAUGGAGCCAGAGCGUAGGACGGAAGAACAGAUGAAGGUGGCGCUGCUGGCGCUGAAUCAGGCAGUAGAAGCAUUCAGUGAGUUUCCGAUAACCAUGCAGAAAUCUUUGGUACGAGUCGGCUGGUAUGAACACUUUGAAGACAAACGGGUAAUAAUAAGACAAGGUCACAUGGCUGACAAUUUCUACUUCAUUUUGUCCGGAACAGCUGUUGUCACUAUCCUGCAGACAGACCCCGAGACGGGGGAUCAGGUUGUUCGAACAGCAGCUGUCUUGAAAAAAGGGAACAGUUUUGGGGAGUUGGCGCUUAUGCACGGUGCGAAGAGGAGCGCUACGGUUACUUGUAAGAAUAGCGUGGAGCUUCUAGCGGUGGGUAGAGAGGACUUUGUGGAUAUAUUCAUGCCCAUGGAUAAAGAUCAGGAACCUGAGCACAUCCGCUUCCUGCGGACGGUCCAUUUACUGAAAGGAUGGCCAAUAGAAAAACUGCCGUAUCACGAUACCAAGACUUGUUGUUUUACUUACUUUAGGAGAGGAUUGCUAUUAUGUAAAGACAGUAACGUUAGUGACUGGGUCUACAUCAUCAAGACAGGGUCCUGUAGGGUCCUCAAGUCACUACAUUCUGCCAAACCAAAUAUACCAGGAUUAUUAUCCAACCAAAAAUUAACAAGGUCACUGCUUCGUCUCCCUCCAAUAUCCCCACCAAAGUCUUCCAAGAUAUCAUUGUCUUCAUCUACGUUAUCAUCUGACAAAUCUCCUCGCUCAGACUCCUCAUCUGGAACACCACGCCCUCAGAAACAUAAAUGUACAAUACAGCAUCUCUCUGACAUUCUUCAUAAACCAUAUCAUGAGGAUUCAACAGAACACGAAGAGCACCAAAGACUGCUGGACCAAAUCUUUACUCAGAAACAUGCCUACACAUCUAAAUGGGGAAAGAGAACAUCCCCAAAAGUUUCCGAGCCGGAUAGUGCAUCCAAACGUCACAAACCAGACACAGUUUACGUACAAAUACAGAAAUUAGGACCAAGGGAAACUUUCGGUGUUGAACAAGUUGCUUUUGGGCGAAUUGGAAAAACUACAAGCACUAUUUUGGUUUCUGAAGGAGCCGAAUGCAUCUUAAUCAAUAGGAAAUUUUUCCAACAAUAUUUAACUGACGAAGAGGCAAAAAGAAUACGGAGAACACUGCAACCAAUACCUUCUGAGGAGAGCCUGCAACGGAAGUUACAGGACAGUACAAACUGGGAGGCGUACAAAGCCCUCACUGUUGUCAACCAUAAGGUGCACCAGAAAACCCAUAAUGACGCCCAUUUCUUCUGAAAUUACCACAGCCAUAUAAAGUGGUUUAUAUUAAAAUUGAACGCAACCUUAAGCAACUCUAAGAUUUAAUGAACAAGAUUUGUUAAUGAUUUAAUGAAGAGCAGAGAAUAGGAGAGAAAAGAAGUGAAAGCUGAGCGAUCUACUUAGAUAUUGACAUUAAAUUAUAUUAAUGAAUCCCAUUUGUAGACAUCUGAGAUGUAGUUAUUCAGCACAUGAUCAAAACAAAAGGUGUUUGUUCUGUCCUUAUCGUGCAUAAAGAACUACCGGAAAAAAUUGUUCUUCUGUGUACAGAUGGUAAAAAAUGAAAAAAAAAAAUGUUUGAAGCGGUUGUCUAUAAUAGACAAAAUUCAGAUAUGACGUUGUUAAUUCUUUAACCGUGUUGAAAUGAUGUGUCUUUGAACAGGACAUUAGUAAAUUUUAACAUGACGAAA